ACUUUGACGAUGUUUACAUUUGUAAAUACGUCAAGGUAUCUGUAAGUGGGUGAUCAUAUGUAAAUCUUAUGUAAAUACGUUAAGGUAUCUGUAAGUGGGUGAUCAUUUGUAAAUACGUCAAGGUAUCUGUAAGUGGGUGAUUGAAUUGCAAAUGAUUUAAUUUAAAUUAAAAACAUAUUCACUCUUAGGCAGCGUCUCUCACUCAAGAUCUCACUGUGAUCUCUCACUAUGUUACCCUUCUCGCAACAUUCACAAAAUGUCUAUCCAUUCUAUGUGUAUGGAUGCCUUAUUUCGACGUGUUUGAUUAAAGUGUGUCCAGUGGUUGGUGACGAUUUUUUUAAUUUUAGCGAAAAAUGUAAUUCGACUCAACUAUAUGAAUUAAAUUGCACCAGGGCGCUUGAUUUGCGCAACCAAAGCGAUGUGACACGUGAACUUGGACUGUAUGCAGCAUUAAUAUCAGCGAUGGUAAUUUCAGCAAUUGGUGUCCUCACUAACGGUGUCCUUAUUACAAUCAUUCUGCUUGAUCGUCUUCACAAACUGAAACGAGGACCGUGGAUUACCAUCUUAAGCCUAUCCACAGCCGAUUUUAUGGCAUCUGUGUCAGAAUUUAUGGCUGCUGGAUGGGACGACAAUUAUUUUGAAGCACAAGAGCCAGAAGCAAUUUCUCCGUAUGCUCUUUUCUUCUGGAGCUUUGGUGUCAUAGGGUCAUUUUUGCACUUGGCAUCACUCACAGUUCAAACUUACAUAACUAUUAAGUACCCCUUACGCAGCCGACAGAUUUUGUCACGGAAAAAGACCAUCAUAAUAUGCGCAAUAGUUUGGUUUGUUGCUUGUGGCUUAACAUUUUGUGCGAUUGCAUCACAUUUCACUCAAGACUUGGAGGAGUUAAUGUUAAUAUAUAUCACGCUUCCUUUAGUCUUGGUGAUCCUUAUUUUCCUUCAGGUCAUGUUAAAGUUUGCCAUAGUUAAAGAAGUAAUGCAAAGUCGUCGAAACACGCAUGUGAAUGUUAUCCAGCAUAACAACAACAACCAUCUUCAAAUUGCAAAAACAAUCUUCAUGCUAAAUAUGCUUUUGCUCGUUACAGCGUUCCCUUAUUUUGUACCCAGAACACUUGAGUUCAUAUUCCUUCUUACUAAAGUACAAAAUGGAUUUCCUUGGCGUUUUUGGUACUACUAUAAACCAGUAGUCAUGCUUAAUUUUGCUGUCAAUCCAAUUGUAUAUGCAUUGCGGCUUACCGAUUAUCGAAACAGUUUAAAGGCUUUGUUUAAAAAGAAGAAGUUUGUUCCUACUUCAGUAUAGCAACGACACCAUUGUGUUGCUUUAUAUCAGUUACCUUUGAAAACAUGACAUGUGCACUGUUAAAAAUCGUAUAUAGCCUACUGUAGCGUGAUUGCUUUUAUUUGCACUUAAAAGAAAAAACUUCCAAGAAAA